AUGGAUGUCACACAGUGCGGUUUGGGGCCACAGAGACCGGAGUUUCGCUUGCCUUCUGACAUCGAUGGAGUCCGUCAAGACCUCUUCACCAAAGGCAUUGCUUUUGUCGAAGACUGUGAUGAAUCCUCCCUUGUGCAUCUGGGUAACCAACUUGGGGAGAUAGUUCGACCCCGAAAUGAGAAGACUCAUGGUAGUGGCAUAAGUCAUAUUCGAUUUGCACCGAACUUGACAGGGAAAGGAUACAGCUCCGAAGAGCUAUUUUUUCACACGGAUCGCAGUGGAUGGGAUGAGCCACCGCGAAUCCUGAUGUCCACUCUUAAAAGUAGAUCAGAAACCGGCGGCGAGUCUCUGCUGGCAGAUGGCUAUCAGGUGCUUGAGGUUCUCAAACAAGAGGACGAAGAGCUCUACGAUUUGAUCACGAACUCAAAGCACACCAGCUUCCGUUCUGAUGACGAAGUGUUCGUCCCCAGGGCCAUCUUCGACAGAAAAAAGGGUAUUCUUCGCUUCAGGUUCGACGAUAGCAUCCAGCUGUCUGCGUCCAUGGUAUCCCGCUUUUCCAAAUUGCAUGAUAUCAUUUAUGAGAAUGCCUUUGUUGUCUCACUACAGCCCGGCCAGGGAUAUAUCCUUGACAACCAUCGGUAUCUGCAUGGUCGAGCCUCCUUCUCCGGUUCUCGUGAGCUGCUGCGAGUCCUUGUAAAGCCUCACGCUCCUCGACGGGAAAUGGUUGUUUUGUUUGACAUCGAUGGAACCCUCUGCCGCUCGGAAGAGCUCAGCAUUGACGCGUACUUUUCCUGUGUCAGUGCAGUGGUGGGUAAAACCAUUACUCAUGCCAAUACCCCAGUGAACCUGCACGGACAAACAGACCUAAGCCUGCUCCAUGCCAUCCUUGAGUAUCACGGUGUGGAUGAUAAAUCCCUGCUUACGGAGAAAUUCUUCCAACUGCACCCACAGUAUCUGGAAGAAUCUAACGCAAGAGGCUUACCGGCCGUACCCUGUCCGGGCGCAAAGGAAAUCCUGGGCUGGCUCACGGAGUACCGGAACAAGCGUUAUCCCCCUUUUCACAUCGGCCUGCUAACAGGCAAUUCGCGCCCGAACGCUCUUCUCAAGCUUCGUGCAGCAGGAAUUGAUACCAGCAUGUUCGAUCUUGAGAUCUCCUCUUUUGGAGAUGUUCACCCUAACCGCCAAUCCUUGUUUCAAGACUCGUUCGCCAAGCUGCAAGCGUGGUAUGGUCUUGGGAUCAAUGCACACGAUAUCAUCAUUGUGGGUGACACUCCUCUCGACAUUGAAUGUGCCAAGCAGUCUGGUUGCUCGAUCAUUGCCGUUGCUACAGGAGGCUACAAGCUAGAUGACCUCGCCUUGCUCCAGCCUGACUUUUGCUGUAGCAGGUUGACUGAGGCCAAGGAUUUCUUGGCCCUGAAGUUCGCUUGA